AUGAGGGGCAAAGAUUUUCGCUUAUCAAAGGUAUUUUACAAGUGUCAAAAUGCUAUGUCUACAACGAAUAUUUCCGGUAUCUUUUCAAAACUAAGACGUAGUCAGAUAGAGCUUUUCAUAAGAUCGCCUCUGAUUGUAACAUAUCUCAUAUCCCUACGCCCGACCUUACACACUAGAAUGCUCGUAAUUAUUCUAAUUGUAUUGUGUGCCAAUAUUAGAUCUAAUCGGUAUUGGAUUCUCUAUUGCCAUGAAUUGUUAGUUGCGAGCUAUUGUUGGUCGUAUCUAGGAGGUCGGAACGAUGUUCCGCACUUCAACAACAUUCCGUUAAACAAUAGCCUUUUGUAUUAG